AUGGAUUUGAUAGAACCGAUUGCUCCAAAUAAUGGGAUCAAUUAUUUCAGUAAGGAUGUCAAUUCUUUUAUUCUCGAGUAUGGGAACGUGACAGAUGUCGGGCGUCUUCUUUCAACAUCCUCUUUGUUACUGAAUCAUUAUAAUGAACUCACCAAAUUCCUUUUUCAAACCCUUAAUGUAAUAGAUUGUAAUCGAUUAUACCUCGACGAACUGUACAAAAUUACUUAUGAUUAUUACCAGAAACUAUUUUAUUUAAUAUUUGUUAAGGAUAAAAUUAAUAAUAAUUUACCACUUAAUACAGAAUUGACUCAAUUGAGGAAUACAUUAAGAACUAGUUUGAUCAAUGAUGUGUCUAUUAUUAGAAUACGGAAAUACAUGCGAAAUAACGUAAAUCUCCAAGAGACAAGGUGUUUCCUCGAGGUUAAUAGAAUCGAAACGAGGGAACUGCAGUCAGCAGUUCAGUCUAAUACUAGUAUUAUUAUAGAAUAUAGACCUUUCGAUACCUCGGGGACCAAUAAUGAAUAUUUUAAUGAUUCGAUCAUCAUAUACCCAAGUAUAGGUUCAGAAUUUACUACGUUUGAUUUUGAAACGUUAAUUCAGAAUUGUUCUUCUACAAAGCAAUCCCUUUUAUUAAAAGAAAUUUCAAAAUUCAACGAAAUUAUCCUCUGCUUACCAUCACCAGAUUUUAUUCAAUUAUUACCACUUUUUAUUACUUUUGUUAAAUAUUUUAUUUCUCUAAACACAUCAGUGCCAAGCAUAAAGGCAUAUUACCUGAAUCUUAAUGAUUUGGUUAAACAAAGUGAAACUUCAGGACAAAUAUUUAAUACAAACUCAUUCACAAAUCAAAAUAAUAAAAAUAUCAUUGUUGGGUUGGAAAAUGAAUACAAUUCGUGUUACAUGAAUUGUAUCAUUCAAUGCUUGUUGGAGAUAAAUGAGUUAUCAUCAAUGUUGAUAUCUAAUUCCUUUUUAAAUAAUAUUGACUAUAUUAAUCCAAAAAAUAGCAAAGGUACAAUCAUUACUGCUCUAGCAAGACUGGAACAAACAAUGGUAAAAAGUUCACUAAGCAACAAAAUGUUCGACCAACAAAAAACGAGCUCUUGUCUUCAAUUGAAAAAAUGUUGUGGAACAAUCAAUCAAAUGUUUAAUUCUAACCAUGAAGAAGAUUGUUUGGAAUUUUGUGAAUUCUUGAUAAAUAGUAUGCAUGAUGAUCUUAAAAAAGGUACCUUCAUUAGAGUUCCUCAGACUAAUAUUAACGGCAAUAAGAAUCAGAAGAACUUCGAAGAACAAGCAUAUUUUGCCUGGUAUUCAUACCUUGAGAAGGAGUUCAACCUUAUUGUUGAAUUAUUCCAAGGGCAAAUGGCUUCUAUUUUACAUUGUCAAUAUUGUUUGUAUCAGUCUAAUACUUUUCAAGUAUUUUCUACAUUAUCAUUGACGCUACCUCCUCACCCUUCAUGUUACAUCCAUGAAUGUAUAAACCAAUUUUAUAGACCAGAAAAUCUGAUGGGGAACAAUGAAUGGGAAUGUUCUAAUUGCAAAAUGAAAAGACCUGCCACACAAAGAUUACAGAUCACAAAAUUUCCAAAAAUAUUGAUUGUUCAAUUAAACAGAUUUAGUAAUUAUAUGAACAAAAAUACUUGCUAUGUAAAAUAUCCUCCUAUUUUAGAUUUAUCUGUUUACAGAAAUACUGAGAAUAUUAUACCAAAAUAUUCGUUAUUUGGAGUUACUUGUCACACAGGGACAAUGGAUGCUGGACAUUAUUCGUCGUACGUAAAGAAACAAGAAGAUUCGUGGUGGCAUUUUGAUGACGCAAAGUGUAGACCUGUACAUUUUGCAAAUGAGUUCAUCUCCCCAAAUGCAUAUGUUUUAUUUUAUAAGAUGAUUGAAUAA